AUGGGGUUCAAGUACAAAGCCCGUGGUGAUGGCAUAGCUGUCUUCAGGGAGAAGCACUCUAUUGUGUCGAUAAGAUCCUCUUACUUGAGAACUGUGGCAGAAUACCGUGCCCUUGGCUUCCAGAUAGUUUACCUGGAUGAAACUUGGGUUACCUGGAUGAAACUUGCAUCAACAAGAACCAUUCUACACUAUAUGUGGUUACCUACAGACCGACAGAGGGCCCCCAUGGUACCAUCCUGGAAGGGCAACCGAAUGAUUGUACUUCAUGCAGGAAGCCGGGACAAAGGAUUGAUCGACGGUUGCGAGUUGGUCUUUGAGGCAAAGAAAUCAAGUGGAGAUUACCAUCAGGAGAUGAACGGAGAAGUCUUCAUGGAUUGGAUGGAACAUCAACUUCUGCCCACUGUCAUAGUGAUGGACAAUGCCAGGUACCAUAAUGUGCGGAUACCAUGUAGCAUCACACCCACAAUGAGAAGCCUGAAGCAGACGAUACAAGAUUUCCUCACAUCGUGUGGUGUUCACUACAGACCGACAGACCCAAAAAUAUAA